GGGGAAUCCCCAAGAUUAAUUUUCAUCCAAUGAAAUGGCUUUUAGAAUUUAGCCCUUAUUACCAAAAUAUUGCGGGCUGACAGAACGUUACGUUACAGCGAUACAGCAAUGAACAUUUUACAUCAUAAAAGUUGGCAUGUUCGUAACAAGGAUAAUAUCGAGAGGGUUCGGAGGGAUGAGGCGAAAGCAGCCGAAGAAGAAAAAGAUCGACUGAGGAAGGUGGCUCUAGCUGAACAAGAGGCCAGAACAGAUUUCUUACGACAAAAAGCUAGGCAUCAGAAGAUAACCUCAACAGCCAGCAGCACGAUUACCUCCCCUGAAAAGAUAGAGGGCGCUGAAGUAAAAGUGGAUGAAGCUGAAGGGAAGACAAAACUAGAUGUGUAUGGUUCAGACAGCCUUGUCUCAGACAUAUACACAGGGUCAGGAGGUCAUAUCAACUUCUUCAAGGACACAGAAGGAGUAUCUACGGGGAAGCAUAAUAUUGAUCAUGAAGCAGAGAAAAAAGCUGAAAAAGAGGAGUGGGAGAAAAAGAUGGGAAUUUUGACUUAUUUAGGUCAAAGUUCACUGGAAAGUCAAGGGGGUACAGCACCGUGGUAUGCUAAGAAAAGAAAAGUAGAAGAUGAUGAAGACGAUGUUCUAAGGAAAAGAGAGCAUAAGGACGCAAAAUUAAAGGACUCCUUGGAUCCUAUACACAAACUCAAUGGUUACCUUAAAAAGAAAAGCCACAAAGACAAAGAUCACUCAGACAAACACAAGCACAAACAUCACAAAAACAAGCACAAGAAAUCCAAGGAAAGGUCAGAAGAAAGUUCAAAAGCAGUCAAAGUUCAAGGGUCAAAGAGCAUUGAUCAGUUACGUUCAGAGAGACUCAAAAGAGAAGCUGCUGAGAGAAAGAAAACAGCUUCACUGAUGGCAAAGGUCAGGGGUGAGAAGACAGAAGAGGAUAGGGAAGUGAAGGAAGUGAGUGACAGAGAUCGCCCAUACAAUUCCCAGUACAACCCAGAAUUUGUGAGACGACCAAGAAAACACAACUCAUGAUUAUAAUAAUAGUACUUACAGAUACAUGCUAGAGGAGCUGGCUAGAGAUCAGUGAUUGAUGCCUGUGUUUUAUUUACAAGUGUUGGACAAUGUUUGAAGGAAAUACAUUCAGAGGGUAUCACAGAGCCUCACCAAACAUUUUACACCGAUGUUGGAUCUCCCACCUCCCUAUACAUUACUGUAACAGUCGACCUGUCUAUGUACAUACAGAUUGUAUUUUGUUACAAAGUCAAUAUUUUUUAGUCGUCGUUUGAGAUGAACUUAAUCAACAAAUAUUGAUGAUUCCAAUUCCAAUGUGACACAUGAAAUAUUUUCUGUACAGUUUUAUACAGUAUUUAUUAAAUCAAUAUUUAUGAAUUAAAAA